UGCAACACUGCCGAUUGCCAUAUUGCUUCCGAGUGCGUCACAUGUUUACGUAUCUGCGUUGCUCGUUGAUGCUAUAAACUCUGACAGCAUUUAGUCAAGGUUAACAGUGGAUGUAUCUUGCUUACGUGUUAUUCCACGUGUUCGACUUUAGUUCUCAUACCUUUGUUUCCAAGCAUAUAGAAAGAAAACAGUUGUCUUACUUGCAUUAUUUGUGGCGGAAGCUUGUGGCUCGCCUAUUUGCUAGCCAAGGAGAGUUAGCAUCACUGGUCUUUACUCACACUGUCCAUCAUUGGGACAAAAAAAAAAUAAAAAGAGUUCCAAAUGCGCCUUAAGGAGCCCCUGCCCUUGACAGCCGCCAACAUGACUAAGCGGACAAAUAAACCUCGAAAACCUCGAGAUGACGAAUCAUCAGAUGAAGUCAGUGGGUUGACUUGCCAACAUGUGACGAAGGCAGUGGACUUAAGCUUGGUGAAGAAAUCUGUGUUGUCCAGCUUGUGGUUGGUGUGUUCUGAGUGCCUGAAGGAAAGAACCAUGAUCAAGAGUGAGCCAGCAGGAUUUCAAGACAUCUUAGUUUGCCUCAAGUGUGGUUUCCAAGGCUGUAACCACUCAGGGAUUGAACAUGCUGUCAAGCACCACCGAGAUUUCCAUCCCGAGUCUCAUUGCAUCACCAUAAGCUUGAGCACCUGGAAAGCCUGGUGUUUUGAAUGUAAUGAGGAGCUCUCCACUCAUUGUAACAAAAAGGCGUUGGCCCAGACUCUGGAUUUUCUACAGAAGCACUCUGUCAAGGUGACAUCAGCAACAUCAAUCAAGAUACCGAAAUUGAGGGAGGAACCCUCUGAUUGUAAUGACCCCUCAAGAGGCAAAAGCUCACUCAUCAACAAUGGCUUCGUUCCUGUUAAAGGCAUCAAUAACCUCGGCAACACCUGCUUCUUUAAUGCUGUUAUGCAGAAUCUGUCCCAAACUCAUAUGCUCAUUGACCUCAUCCAGGAAGUGAAGGAGAAAGGGUAUAAACUAAGGAUCUGCCCACCAGUUGAGAGCAAUCUGGCCCCGUUAGUAGCAAUGCUGCCCAGUCCUGAGCCCCUGACUGCAGCCAUGCUUCUCUUCCUCCAGUGCAUGAAAGAACCAGGAAAAGGUCCAGUUAAUCCCAAGAUCCUCUUUAAUCAGCUCUGCCAGAAGGCUUCACGCUUUAAGGGGUAUCAACAACAGGACAGCCAGGAGCUCCUUCACUAUUUGCUGGACUCCAUACGAGUAGAGGAAACUAAAAGGGUGAAGGCAGGAAUCCUCAGGGCUUUUAACAAUCCCACUGAGAAGACGGCAAAUGAGGAAACCAGGCGUAAAGUCAAAGCAUAUGGAAAGGAAGGUGUAAAGAUGAACUUCGUUGACCGCAUCUUUGUUGGAGAGCUGACCAACACCAUUAUGUGUGAAGAGUGUGAACAUAUCUCGACAGUUAAGGAAGCUUUCAUAGACAUCUCUUUACCCAUCAUAGAGGAACGUAUAUCAAAACCAUCUAACAGUGUCAGGCCAGUGAAAGGAAGUCGGGAGCAGGAAACCAACACAGUGGUCUUUUCCACUACAAACUCAGCCACCAAAAACACCAGGAAGCUGAGUGGACAGAAACAUUGUGGCAGGAGGUCUUCCAGUUCUGUGGAUGGAAAGGGGGCAGGCUGCUGUGUGGAACAACCCCACGAAGAGGGAAUUGCAAGUGGAUCAGCCCGCGGUGUCUCUGCUCACAAGAUGGGCACUUGCGGAAGCCUCUCAGAUGGCAGUGAGAGAGGCUCUGGUCCUCAGGACAGCAGUAACGAUGCUGACAGCGAGGCUUCAGAGACCGAGUGGGCCCCGCACACUUACUGCUCCAGUCAUGUCCAAUCUCACCCAACACCCACUUUCAAUUCAUCCAUUGUAUCUGUUCCUACAUCACCAUCAUCCUCUUCCAAGCAAGUUGAUACUGUCGAGCCUCUUGUAAGUAGUUUGUCAAAGGUCAGCCUUGGCUGUAGUUCAGGGGACAGCACUCCCUCUUUGCGAUGUUCUCCGGAAGAACCAGAGGAAACAAAAUCCCGAGAGAAUCUCCGCCAUCAUUACCACCAGGGGGCAUUCCAGGCACUCUCCCAAAGUUACAAUCCUGGCUCCAAGGAGUGCUCCAUCCAGUCCUGCCUCCACCAGUUUACCUCUGUGGAACUUCUGAUGGGCAACAACAAGUUGCUUUGUGAGAGCUGCACUGAGCGCAGACAAAAGCAGAUGCGCAAGAGCAGCUCAGCUGAGAAAAAGGUGGAGAAGAUUUAUACCAGUGCAAGAAAACAAAUGCUCAUUUCUUCACUUCCUCCUGUGAUCACGCUGCAUCUGAAACGCUUCCACCAGGCUGGGAUGAAUCUACGAAAGGUGAACCGCCAUGUUGACUUUCCUUUGAUCUUAGAUCUGGCCCCAUUUUGUUCAGCAUCGUGCAAGCAGAAUCUCCUGCAUGGCGACAGUGUCCUUUACAGCCUGUAUGGGAUUGUAGAGCAUAGUGGCUCAAUGCGUGGCGGUCAUUACGCUGCGUAUGUAAAAGUCCGUGCUCCCCAGAAGAAAACAGAGCAUCACAGAAACUUGUCAGUUGCAAAGGACUAUAGCAGCAGUUCCCAGGGCCAGUGGUUCUACAUCAGUGAUACUACGGUCCAAAUGGUGCCAGAGUCCAGAGUUCUUCUCUCUCAAGCAUAUCUGCUGUUCUAUGAGGAAAUUAUAUGAUCUGACAAAUUUCAUACAGGACAUUUAAUCUGGCUAGUGUCAUGUUUUCAUCUCUUAAGGAUUGGAAAAGGGAAACAUUGGCAAUUCUUUCAUAAAUUCAUACUUCUAAAUCGUGAAAUGAUCUAGAUUAACAUUUGAACAUGAGGUUACGUUGUGAUUGGCUUUUGGUUUUUAAUUGCUUGUUGUGCUCACUGGUCGGAUGAGUCCGACACGUUAAUAACACAAGGUGUCAGAGGUUAAUUUAGUAAACAUGACGAUCAGAUGCUACCGUUUGAUCGUCAUGUUUACCGUUUGAGAAAACAGCUCGAGCCAUUUAUUCACAGUCAUUAAUACCUAAGAUAUAGUAGUCAAAAUUCACAUAAUACUGUUUGACUUGCUACACGUAGCAAAUUAAAGGAUUUGCAAAACAGUUGUAGAAAGGUCGUACAAUCAAUUUUUUCCCUUUUGCGCAAAAAUAUUUCAGUGCAUCACAUUUGCCAAAGAUCAAGUCAUAUCCAAAAAUGAAAACCAAAGUAUUUUUCUGCCUUAACUGGUUUUUUUUUUUGUCUAUUUAAGGCAGUCCUUUGUGGCACAUGCAAAAUACUGUUGAUCGUUUAAAUCUGAUUGCCUUCAUUGCACAGUAUUUCACCUCUACUGUAGUAGCAAACAACCAGACACUUAAAAUGUCGACCCGCUACUAUUGGUAAGAUUUUACCAAACAAUCAGUCAAUGAUAAACUGAGGCUUCAAGCCUUACUAGUAAAACAACAUAUUUGUGUAAUAUGCAUGGGAUCAAUGUUCUAAUUUAUUUAUUGAUUAUUCUUGCAUCAUAAAAAGAGACUUUAUAAAUAUAUUUUUUUGGUCUAAAAAUUUGCCAAAAGGGAGUUGAUUGGCAUAAUAGAGAUUUAGAGCUUUUUUGUUAAUACAUAAGAUUCCACAAAUUCAGUGCCUAUGCCAAUUGUUAUGAAACAUGCAUGGUGAAAAGAAACACAUGCAGAAUUAAAUGCCCUAAUGGCUACUGUAUGUGACAUUCAUCUCCAUUGAAGUUUGUAAGUGUGUAAUACACUUGUGCGAUAUGUCGCGGCAUGCAGGAUUUCUCCUUGAGGCAAAUAUUUUUUGUAGGACAUUUCAUCUUGAAAUAAUGAACUCUUGUUGGACAUAGAGUAUUACAAAUUAAAUAAAUGUAUGGACAAAAUCUUCAAAAGUCUGUAUUUUAGCCACAACAGCCAGAAUAAAAUGCAGGGCAUGAUGAAAAUGA